AUGGAGAAGGUGCCGGUGUGCGCCUCGGUGGCGGGUGCCACUUUUGUGGUCGUUUCUUGUCUUGUCGCUGGGACAAUCAUCUCUCGUGAUAUCAACAAUAUGUAUGAUGAUUUCAUGAACAGCAUGGGAGAGUUCAGAGCCGUUUCCGAAGACACAUGGAACGAGAUUUUCGCGAUGCAAAUGGGUGCCGCUUCUUCGGGAAAAUCGACGGCUCCAUCACUAGCCGGUUUAGUUGGGAGAAGAUUGAAGAGGGCCGCUGGAGGAGAUGAUAGUUGCACUUGCGGUGUCUCGGCUCGUCGUUGCCCACCUGGACCUCCAGGACCUCCAGGUAUCUCUGGACCACCAGGAGACAUCGGUCGCGAUGGACCACCUGGAAAAUCCGGAAAACCCGGUAUCACCCAGCCACUCCUCUUCAAACCAGCUCCUUCCACUUGUGAAGUGUGUCCCGUUGGCCCGCCUGGACCCCCCGGAAAAGAGGGAUGCGAAGGACCACCAGGAAAGGAGGGAUCACCCGGAAAACGUGGACCACCUGGAAAUGCUGGCCGACCGGGAAUGCCGGGUCCUUUGGGAGAUCAAGGAGCAUCGGGAUUGGACGGACAACCGGGUAUGCCGGGAGCCCCAGGACAGGAUGCGCUCACCGGAAAAGGAGUGCAAGGAUUGCCGGGAAGAGGAGGACCACAAGGACCGUGCGGAGAGCCAGGAAAAGACGGUGGUGAUGGAAAGGACGGAUCCAACGGCCAAGAGGGGCCCCAGGGAAUGGAGGGACUCCCCGGAUUGCCUGGCAACACCGGACCUGUCGGAUAUCCUGGUAAACCCGGUGCCCCUGGAGAGGACGGAGAAUACUGUAACUGCCCCGAUCGUGGAGAUAUCCCAAUCUAUGAUAAGCCUCAUGGUGGUGGCCCUCCACCAAGACGUCCUCCACCUGGCCGUGUGCCCGGCGUGCAGCCACCAAGCCCCAGCCAUUACCGUCCAUCCCCACACGAGAUGCGCAAAGGAACAAAGAUCCCAGCCGGUCGUCCAAACAAUGUCGGCAGCUACAACGAUGACAAUGCAGGACCACACCCAUCAUCCGCUGCUGAAGCCCCAGCCGGAUAUGAUCAACCUCCACCACCAGCCGAGAAAGCGUACGCCGAGCCUGCUGGAUAUGACAACCCAGCCCCAUCACAACCAAAACCAAAACCAAAACCAAAGCCAGCCGCUAAGCCUGCGCCCGCUUAUGAGGAGCCUAGCUAUGACAAGCCUCCACCCCCACCACCGGCCACUGAGCCCCCAGCAGCCUACGAGACCGAGGCUCCAGAGCCCAGCUAUGACAAGCCUCCUCCACCACCCCCACCCCCAGCCGCUGCUGAGGCCACCGGAUAUGGCCGUCGCCGCAGAAGAAGAAAAUUC